GACAUCAGUUAAUACUCAACACACGAUGAGUCGCUUAAUUGUUUUGGUUGCGGCCUUAGCCUUGGCUAAUGGACAAGUUCCAGAAAAGGUGGUUCCUUUAUGGAAGAACCAGAUGACCCACGAAUAUCAUCCAUCCCAGGUGCCCACCCAUCCAGGAUUUCAACAAUCUGGAUACGAGUAUGGCAGGGCAGAUAUGGGACCUCAUCAGAUGUCUGGGAAUCCAUUUAUGUCUAGUUACCAAGUUCCGUUUUUGCCAAAAACUUCUUCUUCAAACAUGAUGGGAAUGUGUGACACGUACUGCCGAAACCAAAUGGUCCAGUACUUCACUAACUCGCUCCACGAGGUUGCCGAAGAGAGACAACACGCAAAUAUCCGACAGCUCCUGGACCAUUUGGAAAUCGCUUUGCAGAAAGUUGGUCCAGAAGUAUCCUUGGAAGAAAUCACUUCCAAUGUUCAUCAGCUGACACACCAAAUUUUAUACCAAAUGGAGCACACCGAGUCGGCACAUAUUCAACACGUGUUCCAGGAGUACCAGAACAUGAUUGAUUCCUCGAAUUUUGCUUUUGGAGCUCAGAUGGAUGUGAAACAUAUGGCAGGACAAGAAGUUCUUGAGCAACUCAGGAACAUUUUUAUGCAAGGAGGGCAGAACUUUACAGCUCACAUUGAAUACCCUCUGGAGGCCGCCGUUAUGGCUCACGUGGCCGUACAAACCGUUCACAAGAAAGACCCUGAGGCUGAACAACCCGAAGGAUUCCACAAGUACAUCGUCGAGGCGUUCCAUUAUCAAAUCGAGGAAGUUGUCGAGAAAACGAACAUUUUGAGGACCGAAAUGUUACUCAACAAAUUACACAUAGAACUGCAGCAAGUCGACAUAGUUCUGCAUCUCGUGCACCAGCAGGUUCACAUGUUGGAAAUGUACGAAGUGAUGCAAAAGAAGCACCCGGAAGACCACCAAGGUAACCAACAGCUCUUCGAAAUGGUCCAUAAGAAACUCCAAGAGCACCAACAACGUUUGUUAGUAAAGAAAUUGUCCCUUCAAAUGAUCGUGAGGAGUUUCGAGAAGGUUUUGCUGAGCCAACAAGAAGUGAUGGCGAAAAUGACCUUCGAGAGACUGCAGCAGCACCAAGUGGGGCCUAAGGAAGGCUCUUUUAUGAAUGUCCAUAAACCUGUCGAAGUUUAAUGUGGGAAAAUGUGAGGUUCUAUUUGGGGAAAUAAAGAAUUAGUUUAUAA